ACUCCCCCUCUCCUUUUUAACAAAACAAGAUUUGAAUUUCCGAAACGGAUAAAAAAAAUGCAUUGCCACUCCAAAAUCAACAGAUCCUUUGUGGUUUUGUUCCUUCACAUUUUCUCAAAUUGAUUGCUUAAUUCCUACUGUAUUAUGCUUCUUUAAGAUCUGUUUGGCUCAUAAUGGCUAGAGGGAGAGUGAAAAAGACUGUGAAAGAAUCUGCCUCGAGUAAACAAGAGAACCAGCCCCAGGUUGAAGAACCCGAACAAUUCCCAUUAAUUGACCAAGCAGUGGAGCGUCAAAUUGCGGCAAUUAGGGCAAUGCGUGAUGUGGGAAUCGAGCAUUUGCUAACAGAAUUGCGGUUGCUGCGAUCGUAUUUUACUAAGGAACAGCUGAAAACACCUGUUUUGCAGUUUUUUAAAGAAAACCUGCCCAACUUGUCUAUUGAAAGAAAUGAGGAAAAUGGAGAGUUUCUUGUGAAGUUUAAUGACAAUGUUGAUGGUUUUUCAGAUGGGGGGAACAUUAAUGCUUCUCUCUUACGUCGUUUGUCCAUGGCUUAUCCUAGUUGUUCUGCUAACUUACCUGUUGGUCAUUUUGGAUUAUCAAGCGAUGCAGUGAAAACAAGCAUAUUUGGCGCAGCUGAUCAUUUGCAGAUGCCGGACUUUGUUUUGGAGGGUCAAUCUGAUUUUCAGAUGCUUGGGAUGCAUGAUGGUGAUGGUCUCCAAACUCCUGGGGUCAGCAGUCAGAGACUUUCCAUUGGCAUGACACCAAAAACUCUAAGGCUUCCCAAACCUGGUGAAAUGCUUCUCUCUGUGCGGGGUUCACCUCUCGGUGUCUACAAGGAAGAUAACAUGGAAGCCAUACAUGAGUCAGACGAGGAUUGACAGGAUUUAUACCAUCCAAUUAGUCAUUGUUUAGAAGAUGCAGCACUCACUGACCCUAUCGGUUCUAAAGUAUUCUGUGCUUGUACAAACGUGUAGUGUAAUGCAAGAAACUGUACCCAAUUCCCAUUGCUAUGUAUGUUCGUGGUUAUUCUUAAUUGAAAAGUAGUCUCGCCUGUUGACAA